GUGGGCGACAACCAGGCCCUGUUGUCUUCCCUACAGGAUACGCCUUUUUUUGACGUGUUCGCCGAUCGUGCGACCAGCUGGUCUCUGCGCCUUGGCGAAUUGGAUCAAAUAUUGUGCGCAUUCCAGGCCGUACAGCGGCGAUGGGUUUACUUGGAGCCGAUCUUCGAACGUGGAGCUCUGCCACGCGAGGCGGUACGCUUCGCACGGGUCGAUACGGCCUUCCGCACCCUCCUGUCCAGGGUUCAUGCUGACCCCCGUGUGGUCAGUCUGGCCCCGACUACAGUUGCCACAGGUCCGUCCAGUGGCAUGACUGCCCGGACUGGCUUGAGAUCGGGCGCUGGGGGACUGCGGGAACAGUUGGCCGAUAUGCAGGUGAGACCAUCGUAUUGGGCAUUUCUUAACCGAUCAGUAAUACAACCGUAA